AUGCCAGGUGGGCCUGAGGAUGGUACCGUUAUUCCGAGUUUUGGGGGUCACGUGUCUGCCUACAUAUUGGGUGGGCAGGAGCGAAACGUGCUGCGGUGUUUGAGCAGGACACAGUUGUGUUCUGAAUUGGGUAACUGGCGCGCUCGUCUUCCGCCGGAGCACCUGGAACCGAUUGAUGGCACUGGUCUAUCUCAUUUACCCGGGAUCAUGUUCCGGCGAUUUGACUGGCCCUUAAUUUCUGCUUUUGUUGAGAGAUGGCAGCCAGACACGAACACGUUUCACAUGCCUUUUGGGGAGAUCACGAUCAUGCUACAUGAUGUGUAUCAUAUUCUAGGGCUUCGUGUCGACGGUUCCAUGGUUUCCACUACUCCUAGCACGGACGUUUUACGGGACGCGUGCUCGGUUACCUUGGAUAUGACUGAGGAAGAGCUGAAUGAGAAGUGUGGUACCAAAACCGUAUGGCAAGUACUCGGCGGUUGUUUGUUUUUGGACAAGAGUGGAAACCGUACUCAUCCUUCCUUCUUCAACGAGCUGUUUGUUGAGGAUGUUCAGAUUAGUGAGUACUCCUGGGGUUCUGCUGUGCUAGCAUACAUGUACCGACAAUUGGGUACAACAUCACGAAGAGAUGCUGAUUCUAUCGCUGGCUGCCUUACGCUUCUGCAGGCAUGGAUCUACGAGUACUUUCCGUGUUUCCAGCCUCAGCAGGGGACCUUGACCAGAGAGCUUGCUAUUCCUCAUGCGUCCGCCUGGGAUGUUGGAUCGGGGUGCCCUAACAAGAGCAUGGAGCGCCUUCUCGCUUUUCGGGCUAGGUUGGAUCAUUUGACUGACAAUGAAGUUAACUGGCUACCGUACGGAGUUGAUCCAGCAUGA